GAAUCUCCUCAUAUUCUUGCUGUUAUCUAUCAACCUACUCCGCAGCUACUUCAAGAUGUCUGCAACACAAGCAAAAAACAGCGCCCCCACUUCUGCCCAGAAGAAAUCUGCCGAUACCAAGUGCGUCCAGACCACCAAAGGAUGGGUCUGCGCUCUUUGCUUCCCUCUCGGACAUGCUAGUCGUGCUCUUGAGCGUGUUAUGAACCUUGCUGAGCUCAGAGCUCAUGCUAAUGGAAAUCAUUAUGCUUCUCUCGGACAACAUGAAUGGGACAAUUAUGUCAAAAACUCUGUUUACUUUGAGGCACAGUUUCGAAAUCACAGCAGUCUUGGCUUGAACAAUGGUGUCAUUCAUGGUCCAACUACCAUCGUUUCCCAAAAAUCACCUGCCAAUCAAGUCGGUCUUCUCAAGCGCCCAUACGUUAAGAAGGCUACGCCUGCUACCACCGAAUCUGCUUUUGAUCUCAUGGAAACCAUGAUCAAUUUCAAUCAAACCGCCAAUGAUAAUGAUGAUGCCACCAACUAUGCAUUUCCAACUACUGCACUAUCUAAGGCCGGUCCUUUUAGUGAUACAUACGCACAUCUUCAAUUCGACAUGGCUUCACAGAAUGAGUCUGAAAUUAUCUCAUCACCAAACACGCCCUCUCGAAAGAAGAAUUUCACACCCAAGAAUCCUCUUCGCCAACGAUUGAGUGAAAACCCUUCGUUCGAAUCCGCAGUCUCUGUUCAUGGCCUCGCUAAAGUCCAAGCUGCCGGUAACAUCGGCCUUCAACGAUAUCUCGAUCGACAAGCUCGCGGUCUUCCUCGCACAUCCAACAUUCCACUUCAACUGGGCUCUACUCCUCGCAAUGGUACCAUGGACCUUUCUCUUACUGCUGCAAACUAUGCUGCCGCUGGUAUGCCAAAUAUCCAUACUGAUAAGGCUACUAGACGUACCAAAAAGAUUUAUCAUCGUCAUCAAGGAUCUACUUCUCUCGGUGCCACUCAGGUUGCUAGAAACAACACCUCUCCUUUGACUAAUACUGCUACGACCAACGCCUCACUCAAUAUUUUUGGUGUUCCAGCUGCUAUCUAUGGUCAAGCUCCCGGAGCGGCUUAUGAAUCUCAUACAUACAAGUCUAUCUAUGCAGACGCACCUUCGCAAGAACAGCUUCCACUUCCUGAUCUUUCUCUUCCCGGCCUCUCAUUUGCCGAUCAACCACUCAACAACACUGGUCUCAAUGACAUUUACGGAUCUUUUGAUUUUGACGCAUACAUGGCUGAUUCCAACUGCGCCUUUGACAGCGAUUCGGCUGUUGAAAAUACAACCCCACAACAGAACACCAACAGCGUCAAUGACUUCUUCACCUGGGCUGGCAUUCCAAACCAGAACGUCGCCCCCUUGAACAAUACUGAGAAGAUUGGUGCCGAUUUCUUCACCACCGCCAAUACUGCCAACACACAAAGCUCUGAAAUCGAUGCUAUGCUGCAUUAUGGCAACUUCUCUUCUCCUCAGGAUAAUAACCAUAAUUUCACAAUCUUCAAAGCUGAUUCUCUUGAAUAUGGACCUGCGGGUGUUCAAGUCUUGAAGGAUGCUGAAGCAAUUAUUUCUGCUCGUUCAUCUUCAUCUGGAGCUCGUUCGACUGCUUCUUCCGCUACCAACACUUCCGCGCCGGACACCAAGACUCUUCCUAGUACUGUUGCUCCAGAUACGCCUGCCACCCCGCUUUCUUUGCAAGAGCUUGAAGCUGCCAACAAAGCAUUAACAGAAGAGCUUGCAUUCCAAAAGGGCUUACACCAGGCCGAUGUUAGACGUCGCAAGCUUGAGGCAAAGAAAGCCAUCCAACGCCGUGAGGAUGAAGCCCGACUCAAGAAGAAGACCGAUGCGCGAUACAAGAGAUUGAUAGAUCAGAGAAAGGCCAAUCAAGUUUUGACCAAGCAAUUGGCGGACGAGAAGGAAAGCAAUGAUGAUUUGAGAAUGCUGCUGGCGCAAGAAAAGACCUCGCGCCAGGAAGAUAAGCAGCGCCACAAUGCUGAAUUCAAGGCCCAGACGGAGCUUGUUGUUAAAGCCAAUGCCGCCAUUUCGCGACAAACAUCUGUGGAAAAUAAGCAGAAGAAACAAAUCGCUCAGAAGAAGACACAGGUAGCUGCUGCUGCUACUACCAAUAAAGAGGUUGAAGCCAUGCUAGCCCCUGCCAUUCAGAAAAAGGCACAGGUAGUAGCUGAUACUACUAAUAAAAAGGCUGAAGCUAUGCGAGCCCCUGUCAUUCAAAAGAAAACACAGGUAGUAGCUGAUACUACUAAUCAAAAGGCUGAAGCUGUGCGAGCACCUGCCAUUCAGAAAAAGGCACAGGUAGUAGCUGAUACUACUACUACUACAGAGGUUGAAACCAUGAGAGCUCCCCCCAUUCAGAAGUUCACUAACGAUAGAAAAAAGUUCCUCGCUACUACUGCUGCUAGAGAGGCUCAAGUCAUGCGAGGCCCCUUCAUUCAGAAGGCCGCUAUCGAUAGAAGAAAGAUUCUCACAGCCAAGAAACCCGUCGCUUCCAUCCAGACUCCCGAAAAGCUUGCAGCCAAGAAACCCGUUGCUUCCAUCCAGGCUCCCGAAAAGCUUGUCUCGGCCUAUGAUAAAGGCAGAAAGACAACCCACCCCUCCAAUGUCUCUACCGCAGCUAAUCCACCUCGGCCUACAACUUCGAGAAAGCGACCUGCUUCUGAUAUCCCAGCUAUUCCUGCUCUCACGAGAGAACAUGUCAUCAAGAAAGCACGAACUACAGUUGCAGGCGAUGCACCGAGAAAGUCUGUUCCAGAUGGUAAUGGAAAAUUUCAUUGGGAUAGGAAGUUUGAUUGUUCAGGCAAGCUUACAGGUGAAGCUAGGAAGGAAGCAGAGGUGAAGGAAAAUGCAGAGCGGUUGAGAAUCAUGAAUGAAUAUACCGAAAACAAAGUUUCUGGCGAAGCACCGGUCAUUCAAGGUCAUCUUAUUGAUCCUAAGCGUUUCAAUGAUAAAGGACGUUUCUAAGGAGAUUGAGAGGGUUGUAUGAUUAGGAGAUGGAGAGAUUGGGAUGUUGAGAGAUUGGAAAAUUGAUUGGGAGUAAUUAGUUUUACCUGCAUGUAUUUGGAAGGAAUACGGGAUAUAGGAUUUUCAGAUUUUGUAUGAGCAUUCGGUUGAUGAUUAGAUAGUUAUAUGCUCCUCUAUACCCGCA